AUGUCCACAUACUCGCCUUCUUCCACUGGUAUGCCAGUCAUGUCUGAUCCACCAGUCUACCCGUCUAUCUUCCGUGCCGAAGCGGAGAUCGCUACGUUUUAUCCGAAGUAUCGCUGGUGGGAAGAUGAGGCCAUGACGAUGCUGUGGGCCUUUGACAUCCAGGAGAUCAAACGGGCCAUCCGCUUCGGCCUCUUCCGAGACGAGAAUACCCCACGAACCACUUUCCAGAAUCGCAAUGCCGCUGCGAUCGACGAUUUCCUGUCCGAGCUGGUUGGGCCUCAGGAGAGUCUCUUUAUCGGCAAUCUUUCACAUGUCCAAAAAGUGGAAGAGAUCUUACGACGAUGCAGAAACGAAGACCCAACGCUAGAAUCAUGGAGUUGGUUCCCAGCGCAAGGGAAGCGAUCAAUGACGGCCAUUGGCAUUGCCGACGACAUGGACAAUGAAAGCCAUGUUCACUUCACCCGAGUCCCCUUCGAGGCGCUGGUGCGGUACUCGCUCGGGUACUCAGCCCCGUUAGUGGACUGGUUUCUCCAGCAGCAUACCGCAUUGUAUAUCCACUUGUUGCACCAUCUCCGGGCGUUUCCAGAAGAGGUCUCACUGUAUAUCCAGGUGGAACAGCAUCUUCGCACCCGAAGCCCUUUCGCUCAUCGAGCUGUGGUUAUGUGUUUACGCUCCCUGCGAAAGGCCGGCCAGUUGCCGGCGAGUCCUCCGACUCCAGCCUUCGAUUUUAUUGCCGGUCCGAUCCAGCAGCUGUUCAAUGAGACCGCCCCCAGCUUAAAAUCCGUUUUGAAGGUGUUAUGUGUUUCGGCCAUGCGAUUCAAACAGACGUACGUGCACACUCGGCAAAUGGACUGGUCUCGACCCUUCCAGCUCAACUUGGCGUUCUUGGAAGACCUAACAGCCUCGACUUCGCCGCUGGAUUUUGCCAGUACGAUGUCCCAUAUUGACGAGGGAUAUCUCACCGGACUUACUCACAAAAGCUUCUCGGAGCCAGGCCCGGUGGUCAAGCGGGUAUUUACAGAGUGGGAGCUGCUGAGUAUAGCGGUGUGGGAGUGUUGUACAGCGCUUCCGGACCUGGUAGGCUAUAUCCAGGAAUGUGUACAGGCUCUACUGGCUGUGCGCAACUACCACUCCCUCACAGCCAUUAUCGACGGCCUCCGAAAGUACAGCAUCACCACAUGUAGCAGUUAUCCUGCCUCCCACGAGGUCCCCUAUAUGCUUCCUCCCGAGUUUGAAGUCCUGUUAGAUCCUUCGGAUAACUUUCUCGGUUACCGGGAAGCAUUCAACAACAGUCCCGGGGUGCCCUUCCUCGUCCCACACAUCCGAGAAUUCCAACAGCAUGGCCCACCGGCCAUACAGCUGCUCUUCCGACACAUGCGGCCAUCUCCUUCGCGCUAGGUGAUGAAUCCGAGCGCAGGUUCGCUCCAGCAAUGCCGAAGGCAACCACCAUGAAAUUCGAUUCCCCAGGCAAGGACCUAAUCAACGCGGGUCAAAUUUCACGCCGGUGGCGUUGUCGAGAUAUGUGGUCACG